GAUGAGAUGAGUGAGAGCACAACAAACAGUCAGUGAGGGAGUCAUGGCGGCCGUGGUGUCAGAGCGGGAACAAUGCCUGUCAGAUUAUCGCAGGCGGCUUAUGGAGCAUCGGGAAGUGGACUCAAAACUCAGGAAAUUACGUGAAGAGAAGAAAGAGUUGGACAAGCAGUAUGACAAGAGUGAGAAUGACCUGAAGGCCCUGCAGAGUGUGGGACAGAUUGUCGGGGAGGUGCUCAAGCAGCUGACUGAGGAGAAAUUCAUUGUGAAGGCCACUAAUGGCCCCCGUUAUGUGGUCGGCUGCAGGAGACAGCUGGACAAGUGCAAGUUGAAGCCAGGUACUCGUGUGGCCCUGGACAUGACCACCCUGACCAUCAUGAGGUACCUGCCCAGGGAGGUGGACCCUCUGGUGUACAACAUGAGCCAUGAAGACCCAGGGGACGUCACCUACAACAAGAUUGGUGGGUUGGCCGAGCAAAUCCGAGAACUGAGAGAGGUUAUAGAACUGCCACUCCUGAACCCAGAGCUCUUCCACCGUGUGGGGAUCAACCCUCCAAAAGGCUGCUUGCUGUACGGCCCACCAGGCACCGGCAAGACACUGCUGGCCCGUGCUGUUGCCUCUCAGCUUGACUGCAACUUCCUUAAGGUUGUAUCCAGUGCCAUUGUGGACAAGUACAUCGGUGAGUCUGCUCGUCUCAUCCGUGAAAUGUUUAACUACGCCCGGGACCACCAGCCGUGCAUCAUCUUCAUGGACGAGAUUGAUGCCAUCGGUGGACGAAGGUUUUCAGAAGGCACCUCAGCCGACAGAGAAAUCCAGCGCACACUUAUGGAGUUGCUGAAUCAGAUGGAUGGUUUUGACUCCCUGGGUCAGGUCAAGAUGAUCAUGGCCACCAACCGGCCUGACACCCUCGACCCGGCCCUGCUGCGCCCUGGACGUCUCGACAGGAAGAUUGAGAUUGCACUGCCAAAUGAGCAGGCCAGACUAGAGAUUCUCAAGAUCCACUCAGGCCCCAUAACAAAGAGAGGAGAAAUUGAUUACGAAGCGGUGGUAAAACUUUCUGAUGGAUUCAAUGGUGCAGAUCUGCGGAAUGUUUGCACGGAAGCUGGCCUCUUUGCUAUUCGAAAUGAGAGAGAUUACGUCAUCGAAGAAGACUUCAUGAAAGCUGUUCGUAAAGUCUCUGAUAACAAGAAGCUAGAAACCAAAUUGGAUUAUAAGCCAGUGUAAAUGACUGAAAUAUUUUUAUACUUAUUUUUCUCACAACAUAAGUUAUAUACUUGCAAUAUCCACUUGUUUUUUGUUUUUAUUUGGAACAGCCAUGAGUAGCAAAGGGUCUUGCUUCAGAAAUUAUUUUCAAACUAUAGUAUAAACUAAUUAACUUCCUUUAGUUUUGCUUUUGUAAACCUAAAUAAAUGUAUAAAUGGAAA